UGUAAACAAGCGCGGUGAUCGUGAGCGAUUUUUGUAAGACAUUUUUUUAUGGACAGAGUUUUCUAUAUAUUUUCCGUCGCUGUUCGCCACGCCUCAUUCAAAUCACGUUCCCCUCAAAACGUUAAACAAACAGCCACUUCUGCGAGACUUGCGGUACACAAAAGCGAUUCCUUGGUCGCUAUAACAACCACCAACCCCCAUAUUUACGGGCCGAAGUCAGCACGAGAACAGUAACGCACCACCUUCGAACACGAGCACCCACCAAUACUGAAACUUUCAAACAAGUGCACAUCGAAUUCGAACGAUUCGAUAUUUUAAAAUGAAAAAGUGUUUGUGAUAGUUUUUUUCUGUGGCCAGUAUUUCAAUCAUGAUUUGCGUAGCUUUACUCUUGUUGUCAAUAAAUUUAGUGUUUUCUGCUAGGGAACCAAAACAGAUCACACUAGUUAAUCAGGGGACGAUAUCAGGAAUUUAUAUGACGCGUUUUCGAACAAAGAGAAUCGCCGCGUAUCUAGGGAUCCCUUACGCCCAACCUCCGAUCGAAUCAAGAAGAUUCCAGGCACCAGAUUUCACAAUUUUGCCGGCUUGGGACGAUGUGAGAAAUGCAACGACGUUCGCUCCUGAUUGUAUGCAGAGUGACCCUAAGGAAGAAGAGGGAGAUGUGCAGAGAGUGCAGUUGAGUAAGCAUGAUAAACUGUUUGCUACGCUGCUUGAGGAUCAAUUGGAGGAGCCUAGGAAGAAGGAAUUCAGUGAAGAUUGUCUAUAUCUGAACGUUUACGUUCCGGAUGGUUUCAAAAUAGAAGGCUAUCCUACGAUGGUGUGGUUUCAUGGCGGCAAUUUCAUGAGAGGCAGCCCCAACGAUUUAAACCCAUUUCAACUGGUCUUAUCACAAAAAGUAAUUUUUGUCUCAGUAGCCUAUCGAUUGAACAUUUUCGGAUUUUUUUCGACAUUAGACCAAGAGGCUACUGGGAACUACGGCAUAUUAGACCAAGUUGCUGCUUUGAAUUGGGUGAAAAACAACAUCGCAGCAUUCGGUGGUGACCCUGAAAAUGUUUGCAUUUUUGGACACGACGCUGGAGCUGUAAGCGUUGGACUGCACUUGAUCUCAUCUUACUCAUCGGGACUGUUCCAAAAAGCUAUAGCAAUGAGCGGAAAUGUCUUGUCACCCGACACAGUAAACACGCCUCGAAGAGAAGUUAUAACUGUUGAUAAAGUUGCUACGGCCUUUAGUUGUUUCCGAAAACCGUCCUACCAACUACUAGGUUGCCUUCGAAGGGUGCCAUUUCAAGCGCUCUUACAAGAGGGAGAAUAUUUGACGGAAUGGAAACCAAUUGUAGAUUUAGGAUUUAGCAAUGUCACAACACCAUUUCUGCCUGACCUGCCAAGCAAAUUAUUUAAAGAUGAAAUCUUUAGUCCAGUACCAGUAUUGACCGGUUACACUAAUAUGGAAGAUGCACUUUUGCUUGCUAAGGAUAGUGACGAUACUGGUAUCAGUCAAAAAGAGUUCGAUGCAAUGAGAGAAGAGAUAAUUCUAGCUGAUAUAACAGUAGACAAUACCUCAUGUUUCACUAAUCAGCAUCAUAUUCAAGACGCAGUUUCUUUUUUUUACAAGCCCAUCCCACCGACGUCGAAUGAAACAAUACUGAGAAAACUGUUCUUGGACUUUUAUACUGAUAAAGUACACGGGGCUACGACUUAUGAGUUAGCCAAACAUCUGAGCAAACAUGCGCCAGUCUAUCUCUACAGAUUCGAUCUAAAACCCUUCUCUGAUAUGGCCAACGAAGGCAUCCCGGACUGGAUUUCAGUACCACACAACUUCGAUUUAAUUUUCACUUUCGGUUUACCACAUUUAGCUCAGCCUAAGGAUUUGAACAAAUGGGAUAAAAGAGAUAAAAGUAUCUCAGAGAUAAUUAUGAAAAUGUGGUCUAACUUUGUUUGGUACUCGCACCCGACAAACUCAAGUGUCAGAAUUGAAUGGGAAGCUUUUGAAAUGGAAAGGCCAGGGUAUUUGAUAAUAGACAGGAAUAAUUUUACGAUGAGUACCCCAGAAACGAUUAACUAUAAAGCUUUCGAAUUUUGGACUGACUUUUAUCCAAAAGUUGUUGAGAUCGGUACAAAGUGUUGUAAGGAACCAGUAGAUGAUUCGGGAUCCACCUCAAUAUUCACCAGGAGACUUUUCCAAAGCUUGCUUACGGUUCACAUUAUAACAGUAUUAGUAUCUUACCAGCUUGCACUAGCUGUGGUCACGGAAGACCUGUGUUUAGAUACAGUGAGAGAGGAAGAGUUCCACACUUUCUGCUCUAUCGACCUCCUGCUAGUGGAGUAUAAUUAUAUAAUGUUGACCUUCCACGUUGUUAUCGUAACCGCGAUGCUGGCCCUUGUGCAGUGUCAGCGGGGCUCAUUCGCUGGCAAGAGACCGAUCGGCUACCCUGAACUGCUCAACAAGACUACUACUACAGUUGAUCCACUAGGAAAUCGAUUCGGUGAAGGCGACAGCACCACAGAAAGAUUACCCGUAGAAGCCAACGGUGACCGCGACUUGGUCGACAGAAUCAGCAAGUUUCCCAUAGACAAACAACCCUUCUGGUACCUCAACUGGAAGGCGCUGGAAGAACAGAGGAAAAACCCACAGACCUUCGCGCAGCGGCCUAGUCAGUUCGCGGAAAUACCGAAUUUUAAUACUGGAACACAAAAUUCUAAUGCUGGAACUCUGAAUUCUCGUUUUGGAACGAAUUCGAAUUCUGGAACUUUGAAUUCUAAUCCUAGAACUCUAAAUAGCAGUGUUGGACCUAAUGCGAACACUCGCCCUCUGAAUUCUAACUUUGGAACUCAUUCUAAUACUGGAACCGCAAACGGAGCAACUAAUUCUAAUAUUGGACUACAAAAUUCUAGUUUCCCAAGUCUCGUACACAGCGUUAGCGCUUUUGAUACAAAUUCUGAUGAUGAUCUUAAUCUUACACAUGCUGCCAAGGGAAGACACACACACCAACAACAGCAAGGACACACUUGGCGGGGUGCGCAUUUGUAAAAUCGAUCAGUAGGUUAUCCAGGUUGUGUAGAUAAAAUGUUUUUUUUGUUCCAAUCACAACAUUUUACGGAACUCUAAUGGGAACAGAUUAUUUUUAUGAUUAUUAAUGAAACUUCAAUUAAAUGUAAUAAAACACA